CCUCUUCUGUGGCGCACAGUAGUUCAGCAGCCCAACUCGCCUCCACGACGACCAGAGACAGGCAGAAGACAGCUUGGACUGGCGAGAGGAUCAUCGGUAACACCCCACCCAAAAAAAUAAAUAAAAUAAAAACACUCUUGAGGACUUGCACGCUGCAAGAGCUGAGACAAAGGCAGGAAAAAGUCUCUCGGACUUGGACCCAGCACCUUUUCCAACCCCUUCGCUCAGGUGUCAGUUGGGCCAACUGCUUCCUAGUGAAUGUUGUGGUGCAAACAAGUGACUGCGCUGGAGCACCUCAACAUUGACAACUACCAAAUAGCUUCCCCUGGACUUCCAUUUCUCAAAGACAACCAAGUUAUUCCUACAACACUUUUUGGGACGCAACUUGUCUUAUUUAUUUUUUAACUUUUGUUUCCGUGAAGGCAAGCAGUGAGUUUUUUUUUUUUUUUUUUUUUCCUGCCCACCUUUUUCAGAAUUUACUUAUUUUGAAAAGCAGGCUAGAUGGGCUGUGAAAAACAAGAAGAGCUUCAUUUUGCAAGCAUUGGACUGUAUUCCUGUUUCCCAUCAGAAUUACAAAACUUGUUUGCAAAGAUGGCUUGGUGGCAUAAAUAGCCCAAAGUGGUUCUUAUUGAAGCUGGUCAAUUUUGCUAUUAAUUUCUCGCUAUUGAAUGGAAUUGUCUAGUUCGGUUAUGUUGGAAUGAAGUCACGGAACACUCCAAGCAGCUGUGAGGUCUCCGUUGACUCUGCAAUGAGUCACAAAGCUCGACGCAGGUAUUGAACUCGACAAAAGGAGUCAUUGCGUCCGCAUAGAUCUGACUCGAAGCCAAGUAGACCUCAGGAACCACCCAAUUUCACCCACGCUUGCCCAGUGGUGCCAUGAUACUGCCAAAGGCUUCUUGUGCGAGAGACUGAGGAGGAGGAGGAGACAAGGAAGGAAAUGUCAGAGUGCCUGACGGAAUGCAAAGCGCUGGUGACUCCGUCCACGCGCAACGGCCACCGCGUCUUCAGCUACACGCUCGAGAGCCACACGGCCGCCGCCUUCGCCAUCAUGAACGAGUUGCGUCUGGAGCGCCAGCUCUGCGACGUGACGCUGCGCGUGCGCUACCGGGACCUGGAGGCCGUGGACUUCGUGGCUCACAAGGUGGUGCUGGCGUCGUCGUCGCCCGUCUUCAGGGCCAUGUUCACCAACGGCCUGAAGGAGUGCGGCAUGGAGCUGGUGCCCAUCGAGGGCAUCCACCCCAAGGUGAUGAACCGACUGAUCGAGUUUGCCUACACAGCCAGCAUCUCUGUUGGAGAGAAGUGUGUGAUCCACGUGAUGAACGGCGCCGUCAUGUACCAGAUAGAUAGCGUGGUCAAAGCCUGCUGUGACUUCCUGGUCCAGCAGCUCGACCCCAGUAACGCCAUCGGCAUCGCCAGUUUCGCUGAGCAGAUCGGCUGCACGGAGCUUCACCAGAAAGCCCGGGAAUACAUCUACAUGAACUUCAGCCAGGUAGCAACCCAGGAAGAGUUCUUUAACUUGUCCCACUGCCAGCUGGUGACCCUGAUCAGCCGCGAUGAGCUCAACGUACGCUGCGAGUCUGAAGUCUUCCGGGCGUGCGAGGCCUGGGUGCACUAUGACCGAGAGAACCGGCGGCCGUACGUCCAGGCCUUACUCCACGCUGUCCGCUGCCAUUCCCUCACGCCAAACUUCCUGCAGGCGCAGCUGCAGUCUCUUGAUUGGGACCCCCAGUGUAAAGACUACCUUGCGCAAAUCUUUCAGGACCUCACCCUGCACAAACCCACCAAAGUCAAUUCUUGCCGAACCCCCAAGGUGCCGCAGCUCAUCUACACGGCCGGGGGCUACUUCCGGCAGUCCCUCAGCUACCUGGAGGCGUAUAAUCCCUGCACGGGGUCCUGGCUCAGGCUAGCAGACCUGCAGGUGCCUCGCAGUGGCCUGGCAGCUUGUGUCAUCAGUGGGCUUUUCUACGCCGUGGGUGGGCGAAACAAUGCCCCCGAUGGCAACAUGGACUCUAAUUCACUGGACUGCUACAACCCCAUGAACAACUGCUGGUUGCCGUGUGCACCCAUGAGCGUGCCCCGAAACCGAAUAGGAGUGGGAGUCAUCGACUGCAUGAUAUAUGCGGUGGGUGGAUCGCACGGGUGCAUUCACCACAACAGCGUGGAAAGGUAUGAUCCAGAAAGAGACCAGUGGCAGCUGGUAGCCCCCAUGUUGACACGCCGCAUCGGUGUGGGCGUGGCCGUCAUCAACAGGCUCCUGUACGCCGUGGGCGGCUUCGACGGGACCAGUCGGCUCAGCUCGUGCGAGUGUUACAACCCGGAGAGGGACGAGUGGAAGACCAUGGCCUCGAUGUACACCGUGCGCUCUGGCGCCGGUGUUUGCGCUCUGGGCAAUCACAUCUUUGUGAUGGGCGGGUAUGAUGGCACAAACCAGCUGAACACAGUGGAGCGCUACAGUGUGGAAACGGAUACGUGGAGCUUUGCUGCCUCUAUGAGGCACCGCCGCAGUGCUCUGGGAGUCACUGCUUUACACGGGCGCAUCUACGUUUUGGGAGGUUACGACGGCAGCACAUUCCUUGACAGCGUGGAGUGUUACGACCCCGAGAAGGACACUUGGUCGGAGGUAACGCGCAUGACGUCAGGGCGUAGCGGCGUGGCCGUGGCCGUUACCAUGGAGCCCUGCCAGAAGGACCUGCCUCCGUGUCCCACGACUGAGCGGGAGAUUGACGCCGCUUCAAAACACAAUCAGCAACACGGCAUACUGUAACCCAAGCCCCUCUUCGCGCACAUUUACCCGUUGAUUCUGGAGCUAACACCAAAUCAGUAUUAUGACUUGAAAGGUUUGAAGUCCACUGUCAGCGGCAGUAUAAUCACUGGUGAGCUUUUUUUUGGGGGGUGGGGGGGGCUGACUUGUGUUCUGCCAAACCUCAGUCCUGUGCUCACAUCUGGCAUUUGAAGUCCUCCAGCAGAGCUUCAUCCCCCAGAUUUGACUGAAAAGGGCUGCACACGUGCACUGACCCAUCAGGGGCUCGUUAUUUCUCGUUCAAGGGGCGGAAAUGCGUGUAAAAGUGUCAUUUGUGGGGGGAAAUAUUCUUUUCUAUCCGCUCAUGUGAUUCAAAGUCACUUUUGUUUGGGGCUGUUUAGGUGCCAACACCACGCUUGUGUAUGUGUGUGUGCGUUAGUAAUCAUCAAUGUACCGACGGGGAAGAUAAAGGGUUUCCGUGACGACAGGCCUCAUGCUGAGAAGACUUUCUCCCCCUGAAGCAGCAAAUGCAAACUCAUUCGAAAUUGGUUGUCGGCGCUAACGUCAUCGUGGCAAAAUGCAAGGGUAGAAUGUCGUCAAAAGUAAGUAUCUAAAAAAAUAAAAUAAAUGUCGCGUUAGAAUUGAGGCAGAGCAUCUAAAUCAGGAGUGGGGGCCUUUUUCCUAUUCAGUUUUUCCCCAAUAUUCAAUUUAACAAAACUUUGUUCUUAUAAAUAUUAGAACCUUGUUUUUUUUUUUUCUUGAAAAAGUAUUGUUUUAUUGUCAUACCAUUGUAAAAUUUCUUCUUUAAAAAAAAAAAAAAAAAGGAUUUCUUAGCAUAACAUUACAACCUUUUUUGUCACUUAUGUUUAAUUGGUUGGUAGGAUUAGGAGAGGGUCCUUGGGAAAUCUCUGGUACUCCGAGUGAUUUGUGUGGAAGGCCUUUGUGUUUAGCAUCUGACUUUCAUCCACACAUGAAACAUUUGCCCCAUAGUCACGUUGUAUUCAGCAUGCGUAUAUGCGGUAAAAAGCGAAGUGUUUUUUGGCUUAAGUUCCAAAUCCUCCAGAUGACAUUUUGAACUCCAUGUUGAACAGGUCAAUCGUGGUCAUCGACGGAACUGCCAAGACAAGGAUUGCUAAUUUAAUACUGUAGCUUUUUAAACUUCUUACUGAAUGUUUGACUUGUUUUGAUUUAAAAACCGCUAUUUCUCACUGGACAGUUGACAUUUUUUUUUUUUUUUUUUUUUUCCUUCUUCUUCUUCCACCAGACCUCAAAAACAAAAGUGACCAUGUUUGUUUGUCCAAAGCGUUCCAACUGUUAAACACAAAGGACAAAUAAGAAAUGUGUUUGUAACAGCCGUUUAAGCUACAAAGGUUUCUACAUGAUGUUUUGUACACUGAUAUUCAAAUAAUUCUUGUACAGAAUUGAAGAGCUCACCUUAUUUAUUAGUUCAUUUGCUUUUCGUGUUGCUCUUAACGGACAAGACUUUUGUAUCGAAAGAGGCUGGCGUUGCCGUCUUUGUAACGCGCGACGAGCACGUGUUGCGGUUGAGUCGAAAUGAUGGGGAGGAAAUUUGGUUGUAAAGAAUUUGAUUCGCUUUAAAAGGGAUUUUGCCGUUCAUCUAUAGUUGGUUUGAAAUUAGAGUAUUUAAAAUCUGCUUUGUACAUUUUUCCAACAGAAACCUGUACAAUAAUUGUAUAGUAAAAUAUGUUUAUUGUA